AUGUUCAACAAAUGGCGAACCAAGUUAUCUUCCAAACAGAAUGUUAUUCAGAAAAAGGAGGAAUGGGAUCAUCAUAUGCAUUCUCAUCACGCUGAUGAUGAGAGGAUGAUGAUGGAUGGAUGGAUCAAGUCUAACCCUCUAGUUCCGAAAAAGGAAGAGGACGAUUGGCCAUCAGCAGCACCACCAUUAACUGAUGAGAAUGGCAAAGAUACAUUUCAUGAGUUUGAUCAAACCUCUUGUCCAUCAUCAUUCCUGCAGGAUGAUCAUGUACAACAAGAACCUCAUUAUGAAGUUCUCUUCCGAGAAGUAGAGAAUGAUCCUACCGUUUCAAAUUUCUCUCGGAGGAGACGAAUACUUGUAGAUCAUUACGAGAAUGAUUUGAAUUCAGCAGCAACUUUCAAUUUAAAUUAUGUGGACAAUAAUGCCAUGAUUAGGGACAACAAACGGUUGAAUCAUGAGGAUGAUGAAAUUACGAUCAACUAUUUAUCGCAAAAACAACGACCACAGAAUUUACCAAAUAUCAAGAACAUGCAUUUGUCACAUCAACUCACAAAUUUUGAGUAUAACUAUGAUGGUUGGAAUACAAGUAGCGAUGAAGAAAAUAAUGAGCCAUGGAUGGAUGAUGAAGAUUUUGCAAUUCUACCAACCACUACAAAGACAAUGAUGUCAACAGUAGUGGAAAGAAAGACAAGCGUGUUAGAUCCAUCGAUUCGAUUAUGGAAUGCAAAUGCAAAGGCCAUGUGGACACACGAUGUUUUCUUUAGCGUUUUUGCAUUCCUUGAUGACAUUUUUGAUAUGAUACGUCUGUCGAGAGUGUGUCGAGAAAGUUAUAAAGCUUUUCGAGAUCCAUAUCUUUGGAGAAAUGAAAUUGAAAAUCGAAAAAUCAGAACGUUGGGAUUUAAAACAGAAGACAUUGAAAAUAAUGGUAUUGAAAAUCUUGAUGUUAUAUAUGCAUAUUGUAAAGUAUUAAUGGAUUACAAGAUGACAAAGCUGAAAAGUCAGGCUGAAAAUGAAAAACAAGUAUAUGUCCAUGAGCAAAAUAAGUUAAAGGAAGAGAAGAAACAAGCUUUGCAACAGAGACAAGCCAACGGUCUUGUUGUGACAACCAUCAUUUCACUCAUUAUCAUUUGUUUCAAUCUUUCGAGAGUGUUCUUUUUCCUAAUUGCAUAUUUUCUUUUUGGUGCAACUGUUGUGGGAACGUUGCUAUUCGUGAAUACGCAGCCUAAACUCAAGAAGCAACAGAUCAUGUUAAAUAUUGUGAUCAUUGUGGUUAGUGUUGUCCUGUUUCAAUUUAACGAGCUGAAUUUUCUGUUUAUGAUUGUUGGAGCGAUUGCAUUCUCUUACUUUUUCACAUUUAAAUUUAUUGUGACUUCAGAGCAUAAGAUUCAGAGCGAAUUUUUAGUGAAACAGAGAAAACUCUAUCAAGACAUGUCUGACAUUGAUCAAAAGUAUUACAAGAUAACGAAAGAAUUACAAGAAGUAGCCAAAAGAAUUCCUUCUUCCUUAAAAGAACCCAAGAAAAAACCCCUUCCUCCCUCCGAUUCAGUAACAAAUGCACAAAAGAGACCUUCCUCCAAAUGUAAUAUUCAAUAA